UUUUAACAAAAUGGCUACUCAUAAAGACAAAUUUUUAAAGAAAAACUACAAAAAACUGAACCAAAAGUACGAAGAGUACAGCAACUCUUAUCAAAAGAAAAUUGAUCAACUGAAAUAAUGAAAUCAGCUACAAUUUCUCAAACUCAAUCUCUAAGCCUUAUACAAACCUGCCUAACAUCAGCAAAGAGGGAUCACUCCUUGAUAUCAACAAGGAGAGCACCAAAGGCAAGAGUAAGGUCCUCAAGAAGUUCCAGAAAAAUCUAGACAGCUACUCCUACAUCCUAAAUUCUAAACAUAAGGAUAAGGCCAUCAGAGGGAAAAUCUACAAACAAACGCAUCAUAGUGUCUCACCUAAGAAGAUGGCCAAACAGUUUAGGGAUGCUCAAGGCAUGGCUAAUAGUUUCUGUCUAGAGAAUACCUCCCAGCCCAACAGCAAGCUUUCCUCAAAUAGCCUCAGGAAGCCUAGGAAGCAUGAGAAGUUUGAUGAUUUAGAUAAUCUUGACAAUGAGGACAUUAACUUCCCUAAGAGCAUUGAGAAUAUCAUCAAAGAGCAUGAUGAUGACAAUACCCCAAUGCGCACCCAUUACAAAAAACCUUACUAUAACACCAAUAGACCUUUAAAGGGAUCAAAUCCUAAAAUUUCAUCUGGAUCACAAGGGAAAUAGCCGCGUGAAUUCAAGACAUUACUCUGCUUAUAAAAAUAUGCAAAAUUAAGGUACCCGAUGAUCCUCUUCGUAUGACAAAUAUUGACCUGAACACUAGCCAGAGAAAUUUUGCAAUCAGGGUAAAUUCCACUAAGAAAUCGAAUUCCUUAAGGAAAUCUCCAAUAAAGAAGUCUAAGCUAGAGAAAGCAGAUUCGAAUGACUUCAUCACUGAUGAACAAUCUUCGAGCCCUCACCACUCUUUCUGCGUGAAAUCGGUUGGAAACAAAAGUUUUUACAUAAAUAAUGAAGAGUCUAACCUGAAGUUAAUCAAAAUGGAGCCUGAGAAACUUGAUUCUGACCUCACACUUCCUAGCAUCAACAAGACUCAGAUAGAAAACACAGAUAGUUUAGUCAAACUUCCCUCAGAAAGCAUCCCUGAUAAAGCUGUGUCUAAAAACAUGAAACUCGAGACAAAUCUCUCAAUGAUAAAGAAGAAUCUUGCCACUAACCUAGACAACAAAAUCAGUAAUAAUGAUGUCUCUGGCUUCUCAAAGUCACGCAAGAAGUCUCUCACAAAGUUCAGAUCUGGCCGGAAGAGCCACUCCCAUCAUAGAGGGAGCCCUACUAAGAUCAGGAAGCUGAAAAACCCUGGUUACAAGAAUUCACAAAUUAGGCUCAAGGAUUACCUUAAAGAUGGAUCUCAUAAAGAUUUACUGAAUCUCACAUCCAUGAAUAGUCAGAAUACUGAUUCGAAGAACCUGAAUGAAGAAAAGAAAGGGUAUAAGGGGAGUAUCUACAAAUACGAAGAUUUUGAACAAGUGAGUACCAUCACUAGAGGUUCCUUCGGGAUCAUUGAGUUAGUAAGACACAUCAAAACCCAGAAACCAUUCGUAUUUAAGAGAAUCCCUCAGAGCAGUGUCAAGAAGGACAAGCAAAUCCAGCAUCUCCAGAGUGAGAAGAAGAUAUGUUUGAACACAGAGAUUAAGAAGGACUUCAUAAUCCAGUGAUAUGACUCCUUCGAGGAUGCAGAGAAUCUCUACUUUGUCAUGGAAUUCAUCCCUGGAGGUGACCUACAUGAUAUGAUUAAGAAAGCAGCCUUCGCAUCUCUUGAAAAAGUCAAGUUUUACUUCUCAGAAGUAGUUCUGGCUAUUGAGGAGCUACAUAGGCAUAAUAUUGUCCACAGAGAUUUGAAGUUAGACAAUAUCAUGAUAGGCGCUGAUGGUCAUGUAAAGCUGGUAGAUUUCGGAUUUGCCAAACAUCUCAGAAGUCAAUCAAGCAAAGCAAAGACUAAGUGAGGAACGCCCGAUUACCUCCCUCCCGAGGUAAUCAGAGGCAUCGGCUCUGAUCUUCGGUCUGAUAUUUGGUCUCUGGGAGUUCUACUCUGAGAAAUGAUUGGUGGAUUUACUCCUUUUCGAGCCUCAGAUCCUCAAAACUUAUAUGAUAAUGUUCUCAACUUGAACAUAACUUGGCCAAGGAAUAUUGACAAAAUCUCAAAAGACCUUAUCUCGAAGAUCCUCGUUUGAGAACCAGAGAUGAGGAUCACAAUACCUGACAUGAAGGAGCAUAUAUUCUUCAAAAACAUAGACUGGGAGUCUCUUGAAGAGAAAAAGGUAUCUCCCCCAUUAGUGCCUGAUCUGGAGGAUGAAUUCUCCUUAGAAUACUUUAAAGAUGAUAAAAAGAUGGAGAUGUACAAUAACCCAUUAUACGAAUUUGAUCAGAAGGCUGGUAUCAACCCGAGCCCUGUUCCUGACUUUGAUCAGUACUUUAAUGAUUUUUAA